AUGUGGAAUAGGGACUCACUCGACCGCGACACUGAAUUAAUACCGAUUCCCCACCACCGAAGUGCAGAUUUGCUGAUCCAAAGUACAUCAGAGCGCGAGUCUGAAAGAUACUCGGAGAGAGAGACAGAAAGACUCGCCGUAUACAAUGAGGAGUUCAAGCCCAAACAUGGUUGGCUCUUUCAAGGUGGAGACCAGUUCCAAGGCUGGAGGUUCACUAUCUGUCUGGCUUUUAUCGCCAGUCUGAUCGUCUUCCUUUUCAACCUCGGCUUUAUGCUCUAUACUAUCUCUCAUCAUCGACAGGAUGAUACGGAGGGGACCCUGUACCAGGGUGAUUGCGAUAAAGUGCAGCAUUUGGACAUUGGCUUCCAUUUGCUGAUCAACAUCUUGAGCACGACUCUGUUGUCUGCUAGCAAUUUUGGGAUGCAAUGCCUCGCUGCACCGACAAGACGAAAUAUCGACCGAGCUCACCGAAAAGGGAAAUGGCUCGACAUCGGAGUGCCCAGUAUCCGCAACCUUUUCCGUGUAUCUAAAGGACGAUCGCUCUUAUGGAUAUGCCUGGCAUCCUCCUCUCUCCCUUGUCACCUCAUGUACAACUCAACAAUCUUCUCAACAACCUCCGUCGCAGCCUACAAUAUCUUUCUAGGACAUGGAGAUCUGGGCAAAAUCUAUUCGCCAGACCUCGAAGUACCACUCCAUGACACAGACAAAUGGUCCUCCUUCAACGGACUCUUGUCAUCCGCCAAAAACGGAUCUCUGCAGCAUCUCGACCCAAAGGAAUGCGUGGAAAAUUACGCUCAAACCUUCCAGACAACCUAUGGCGAUCUUCUUCUUGUCACCGAGCAAGUGUCAACAAACACUUCAUAUGUUUACCUUACGACGCAGGGCGUAUUAAAUCCUCGGCGAUACCUGGAUCUCACGCCCCCGCAGGCAGAUCCGUAUAGGUGGCUUUGCCCAAGUGAUUGGAGCGAUGACUGCGAAGUGUAUUUGCCAACUAUUCAGUCUCAAAUAAAGAAGGACGACUGGUCCGUGGGAGGUACUAGUUCGUCGGGUGGUGGGUGGAAGAUUGAUUACUGUCUCGCCAAAAAGGCGAGACAAUUCUGCAAAUUGCAGUACUCUUUUCCAUUAACCAUGGUCGUUAUUACAUUCAAUCUGGUUAAGUCUACCAUAUUGUGUUAUAUGUGGUUUGGUAUGAAAGAAGCCCCCAUCCUGACCAUCGGUGAUGCUAUUGCCUCCUUCCUACGUCGCCCCGAUCCAUAUACGAAGGGUGGAUGUCUCCUUCUUAACCGAGAAGCCGAAUCCAUGUCUAGGUCUUCAUCAGCAUCAAUCAAAAAGUAUCCACUGCAUGAAGCGAGAAAGGGGCUCAUGGCUAUCUUUGCCUGUAUCGCCCUUCUCAUAUACGGCAUCACCCAAAUAAAAACCGGGUCAACCGUCUGGAAAGCAACCCUAGGCGAAGUAAAUCCAAGCACCCUCAUAAUUGGCGACCACUGGCCCGGCACUCUAAUACCAAUCGUGAUAAUUGCUAACAUGCCCCAACUCAUGUUCUCCUUCCUCUACUUCGCCUUCAACAGCCUCCUAACCGCAAUGAAUAUCGGCGCAGAAUGGAGCGGUUACGCCGUCAACCGAAAAGGACUCCGAGUCUCAGGUAGUCCAUCCUUCUCGCAACGCAGUAACUAUUUCCUCUCAUUGCCAUAUCGCUAUGCAAUCCCACUCAUGGUAGUCUCUGCUCUUCUGCACUGGCUUAUCUCACGGAGUCUAUUUAUUGUGGGAAUUGAUGCAUACAGUCCAAGUAUGGAGAGACAGCAGGAUAAUGACAUCCUCACAUGUGGAUACUCGCCUGUUGCGAUUGUCAGCUCCAUUGCGGUUGGGAGCUUUAUGUUUUUCUGUGUGGUUGGACUGAGUUUCAGGCUGUUUGAGUCGGGCAUGCCCGUUGUGGGAAGUUGCAGUUUUACCAUUUCUGCGGCGUGUCACCCGGCUUUUGAUCCGAAUCGUGAAGGCAAUGGGGAGAUCGACCAAGGGAUGGAAUGCGAAAAUGAAGACGAGGAUAUGGCUUUAUUACCCGUUCAAUGGGGUUCAGUGCCGGUUGUGGGAUCGGUGGGACAUUGCAGCUUCACGUCCGGGGACGUGGAAGAGCCCCACGGGGAGCAGAAAUAUCUGUAG